UGUGAGCAGAGAAGGGGAAUUUUUUGUUUCCUUUUUAUGUGUUAGUGCGAUUAGUAAUGGAUACAAGUUUGUUUAUGUUCGUCUGCAAUGGUUACUAGCGUGUUACUCAUACUUCUUCUCCUAUUUAAUCUUAUUUCUGAAGGACGGAAUCACGUCGGACAGCCAUGUAAUAAGAUUUUUAGGAUAUGUUUAUCUAGUAAUUCUUACUGUGAUGAAAAAAAUAUCUGCAGGUGUAAACCAGAAUAUCCUGUCAACAUUUCCUUACAUUCCUGUAAAAGAGGAAAGCAAUAUAGUGAAAAGUGCGAUUAUUCAGAAGAAUGUUACUAUUAUGAUCCUAACUCCUACUGCUCUCAACUGCCUUAUAGAAGCAUCUGUGAAUGCCAUACAGGAUUUAUCUAUAAUGAAGUUACAAGGAUUUGUGAAAGUGUGGGAAAAGAACCACCCAAAACUUCUAAUCUAGUGUUUCCUACUGCAAUUGGAGGAACUCUUGCGUUUGCUAGCAUAAUUUUCUUUUGUUUAGUCGCAUGGCAGGUUUGUAAGAGGCAAAAUGUAUAUAGUAGAGUUUUCUCCAGGCGGGGUGCAUCAGUACGCUCUCGAUAUCAGUCUGCUUAUUUGGAUAGUUCUGGACCUGUGCCAAGUGCUCCGACGGCAGAUGAAACUCUUCCCACAUAUGACACAGCUUUGUCCUUAAAAAUAUCGGAAGACUGUGAACCUCCCCCUUCAUAUGAAGAAGUUAUUGGCCAAGCCGAAGAAGCACAAACAGCUACAUCAAAAGCAUAGUCAUUAUGUAAAUUGAUCCACGCAAGAACGAUAUUUGUGUAUACAUAUCAUGUUUGUAUAAAAUCUGUGCAUUCAGGAAAACCUGAAGUAGAUCCCAUCAAAAUUCAAAUUUUGGAAUGUACAUUUUAUAAAGAAUAUAUUGAAAUCAUAAAAUAGUUAUCAGCACUAUGUGCCACUAUUUUUAUAAUAGUCAUUUCGUAUCAUUUAUACUUUUAUAUAUAUAUUUUUUAAUUUCUACAUGUUAGAAGUAGUAAAUCGGUAAUAAUGCUUUGUGUUUGAUAAAACAUGUUCAGUAAUUUUCUGCUUGUCUGAUGGAUAAUCAGCUUGAUACAUAGAAUAUGGAAUAAUUGUAUGUAAGAUUGCCAAAUACUAUUGUAAAUCACUGACUGUAUGUAUAAAAUAACACAAGAAGUUCUUUACAUGACCUGAAUUUUACUUCAUGAUAUAAUCUUUACUACUAUUUGAUAGUUGUUUGGAAUUUUAUGCCUGACAUAGUAUUUUUCUACAUAGCAUUUAUUAUGACUGUCCAAUUAAGUGAAUAUUAUUUAUAAUAUUACUGGAUAAUAUUUGUUAUCGAGCUUUAUGUAAUAUAUAUCUUAAUAAAUACGGUUUUAGCAGAAUUUAAAUUCUUUAAUAUACUAUAGCAUAAAAGAUUUCAUAUAUCUUUCCAUCAUAAACCAUUAUCAGUGUAAUUUCAUUCACAGAAAACAGUUCAAUUUCUGAUACAGUUUUUGAAUGUUUCUUCUGCAUUCCUACUUUUUGGCGAAAACUUGAUAUCCGCAUUUACUCAUAUUUAGAAAGUACUGAAAAAUCAGUAGGCUAAUACUCUAUUUUAUACUUUUCUAAUAGAAAUUGUUUUAUCAGCUGUUAAUUUGAAACUAAGUUUCUUUUUGUGCAUAUGUAUUGAUAUAAUAAUACUUGUCUUUAUACCUAAUGUCAAAAUUAUAAAAUUAAAACAACUUCAUUCUAUAAUUUAGAAGAGAAAAAUUGAUAUUUUAAAAUUCUGACAUGGAGCUUUAACUUUUUUUUUCCUUAUGUUAUGGGAUUAUUUCAUUUGCAUUUGCCUUACAAACAGGGCCCGACUUAGCCUAAUUGGGGCCCGGGGCAAAAACUUCUUUGGGGGCCCCCCUCUGCUUCACUACUUUUGUAAUGAAGAACCGUGCAUAGAACUCGACAAGUUAUAUUUGAUUUGGGGGCCUCCUCUGGUGUGGAGGCCCAGGGCAACUGCGUCAGGCUCUGCUUACAAAAUAUUAGACUGCUGUAAAUUUUUAAGCAUUUGCAGCUCUGUUUAUGAAUAUAGUUUUCAUGAAGAUAUUUAUUGUGAUAUGUCUUGUAAUCAUUUAUGUUUCAGUAUGAUUGUAAUGUUUCAUUGUCAAAUUUCUGUGUAUGUUAAGCAUUUUUUUGUUUUUGUUAUUGAAGUAUCGUUUUAUAAAAUACUGACUUCAUAUUAAGUAUUAAUAUAAUACUCCUAUAUACUCAUUUAUAUCUUCUAAUAAUUAUGAAUAAUAUCAGAAAAUAUCAUCAUAUUUGUCGAUUUCUUCUUGUAAUACUUGUAAUUUCUUUAUUUUAAUGAAUUAGAUACGAGUUUGUUUUUUCCUAGAUUUAUUUGAGCUUCUGGUUUCUCUUCUGUUUACUAUUUUUUCCUCUUUUUAUAUUGUAAUAUUAUAACUGUUUGUUCCAUUGUUCGCUCUGAGCUUUUCUCCCCCCCCCCCAACCUAAAUAUGUAGUCUUCUUUAUUAUUAGUAGAAAAAUCUUAGUAUUACUAUUUUGAACAAAACACUUUCAGAAAUUUGAAAGAAAGCAGGGUACAUUUAUUAUGAAAUUAUAUCUUCUUGAAUUUCGUUUAUAUUUUAAUCAAAUAUAUCCGUCUUAAUACUAACCAUUGUUUAAAAAAAGUUUCGUUGUUAUUUUAAAAUUACUGUAUGAUAUUCUUUUAAAUUUAAUAGUAUCCUUGUGAAUUCAAGCUAUUUCCAGUAUGUAAUUAUUGCAGAAAUUAAUAAGCAGGUAGAGCAUUAAUGCUUGUAAAAUGGAGAUCCCCUUUUUAAUUUAUCUUUAUUUUAACACGUCUAAGUGCGAAAUCCUGUGUUACUAUUAAUUAUGUCAAGCAGUAAAUAUCUUUAAGGGUAAUAUAGAAAUAAUUUUUUAUUGUGUUUUAAACAUGAAAUGCUUACUCAUGUUUUAAACUAAUACCUUAUUUAUUAGAAAUAAUUGCCGAAAUCUCCUUGAAUUUGACUAAAUUGGUGGUGGCAUGUCAUAUUUUAGAAACGCUUUUUUUUUUUUCCCUCUCUUAUUACCAAUAAUAUUUUGUGUAAGUAUAUAAUCAUUAUUAGAACUCAUUUGUGGAAGUCAAUGUUGAUCUUGCAACGUUUUCAAACGAUAUCUGUAGAUUCUGAAAACAUUAUUUGCAUUAAGGUGUGCCUAUUUAAAUAAAAUUUAAAAUAAUAGAUUUUUUUUUUUUUUUGAAGCGCUCUAAUUUUUUCCAAUUUAGAAUCAGGCUCGAACAAAUGGCAGUGCCUCUUUGUUUUUUAUGUUAAUCAUUUUCUUGAAAGUUGAUAAAUUUAUUUCGAGCAUGUGUAAGCAGACAUUUCAUGCUGUAUGCUCAAGCUUAUAUAAGAUAAAUUGAUUAAACUGGGUUUUUUUCUUUUUUUAUACAUGAAAAAUUUGUUAUUUUACUAGCAGAAAUUAACGAUUGACAAUUCGAUAUAAUUUGAGCAAAAAACUUCCUUUAAUUUAGCUGAAAAUCAUGGGCAUAAUGAAAAUCAUCCUAAAUUUGCUUGUAUAUUAUAUAUAACUGUUUUUACUAAUUUUACAUUCAUUAAAAACAUUAUAAAAGUUUUUGUGCUAUCUCUCUAUCUAAAAAAAAAAAAAAAAAAAUGCAUUGGAAUUUUUUUCUUCGUGUUCAUGCCACCAUAUCUAUUGCAUGCCAACCAUUUAAUCAAUUAUUUUAAUGAGACAUAUGUUAUUUAUUGUGUCUUUGCCUUCAUUUUGUUGGUUAUGAUUUAUUUGAUCAAUAAUUAAGUACAGUUUUUUUUUUUUCUUUUGAGAAUAAAUAUAUUAUACACAUUUAAGUAUAUUGCAAUAUAUGCAAUGAUGCUUUUGUAUGUGUUAUUAAACAUAAUCUUUUAUAUAAAAAGUGGAAAAUUUUGUUUAUGAGCUUCACAUUCAUUGGCAUGCAUUUUUAAAUAUGUAUUUUAUUCAUGGAAGAAGCAAUUCUGUGAUAUAUAUUUUUAGUUUCCUCGGAAAAUAUUGAUUUCAUUCGAUUCUCCGUGUAAAUUAAUAAGAUUGCUUCUAAUAUUUUCUGCAAAUAUUAAUGAAUUAUUUUUAUUUGUACAGUUUUAUUUGAAAGGAAUUAGUGUGCAUAUUAAGUAUAUUUUUGAUUAGCUAAGAACUGAGCUGCCUUUAAUUAGUUUUGUUUGUGUAUGUGCCAUGUUUUAUCAGAUAUGUACAUGUUCAGAAUGAUAUGUGCUUGUCAUAUUGUA